GGCUUGGGCCCCAGCAAAACUUAGUGGUACAAUCAGAGUCACCGCGAUUCGGAAAUUGAACCGUAUUCCCCCCAUUCAAACUACUUUCAUUGCGUUUUGGAAGUGAAUCCAGAAUCAAUCGAGUAUUCUCAGUGAUUUGAUAAGUGUCAAGGAAAAACAGUUCGCAGUCAUUGUGAGGAAAACCAGUUUCGUGCAGAAAGAAAUCAGUUACACACGGAAAUAAGUAUAAUAUCUAAUAUCUCGGAGUUAUCAUAAGAGUACUUUCUUGAAAUUGUGCAUUAAACUUUGUAAAAUCCGAAAAACAUGUCAGAAGCCUAUUUCGAUGAAUACGAGCAUUACAAUUUCGAUCACGACAAACACAUCUUUUCGGGACAUAGCGGCAAACAGCGCUCAAAAAAGGAAGCCAGCACUCAUACAAACCACUUUGACCCCAGCGGACAUUCCCGGAAAAUUCUAACAAAGUUGAUUAACACAAAGAAUAACAAAAACAGGAAGCAAUAACGCUGAUAAUAAUAGUUCCUAAAAGAGACUGAGUUUUCCCUCCUAUCUCAUUACAUGGAUCCCAAAAUAUAAAAUUGUGGUUGGAAUUUUUCAAUCUAAAAAAACGUGAUACAAAAAAAAACAAAAAAAUCAAAAACUUUUAAAAAGUGACGGAGAAGGAGUUUCGCUUCUAUCCCAAAAAAUACAGAAAAUAAUACAAAAACAGGACUCUAUACUGAACAAAAGAGAAUUAAUUAUAAUUUAACAAAAUACAUAAUAAAAAGAUGUUCGGUUCAAAGCGCUCUGGUGGCUGUGAUAACAACAAGAUGCAGGAAGUAAGUGAGGAGUCGGUGAAGAGCGCCAGCAGCGAUAGUGGUGACAAUGGCCAUUGUUCGUCCGGAGUCACUUUCCCAGCAUUCCUGCAGAGAUGGUUGCUCAUCCCCACCUUCUACUCUAGUGCCUCCCAUUGGAGGCAACAUGCACCCCCUUCCAGCCAGCCGGUUGUUACGAGCUGAAGAAUAGUCAUCUUUAGCAUUUAGUGUGUAUAUUGUUAAUUAUAUAAAUAAUUGUUAUUAAUUAUUGAUUUAGUAUAGAAGUUCCCAAAAACAUUAAUUGAUGGAUUUCAAUUGAAUUGAUCCGACUUUCUCAACAUUAUUUUUUAACAUUACUUCAUUUCUAGUUUUCAUUAUGUUCACUUCCACAAUUUUUCCUUUUGGAUAUUUUGAAUUUUCGGCAAAUAUAAAUCAAAAUUGUUCAAAAAAGAUAAUUAAUUUUCACCUCAACAAUAGUUUGGUCUUCUUAGUUUUCAUAAUAACAUAAUUUACUUCUAGUAGACUCCGUCGUGAUUGUUUUGAUCUUGUGGUGCUUGCGCCGUAGGCUCAGGCACAAUUUUUGUGAUCUUAAUUUACGAUAUGGAUUAUGUUAGUCGUAAUCAGAGAAUAGUUUAUGCUAAUGAAUUAAUUAUAAUUCUAAUUAAGUUUUGUUUUAUAUUCACAAACACAUUCAAAUUUGAAUUGAAAAAAACAAAAUAAACAAAAUAUCAAACUCAA